AUGCCUUGGCUAAUGAGAUCAGGGGAACGGGCGCCCCCUAUGGAGUACUCUUUUGAGCCAUAUAAACAUGCAGCCAUCUGCAUCAGUGACCAUCGCCUUAUUGGGCAAAUUGAGAGCGAAGAUGUCUCUUCUACAGCGAACACCCGCGAACGUGCUGAGUAG